UUAGCAGCUUUUCGGAUUCUGAAGGGUGAGAAAAAUCUCACACUAUGGCUUUGGACAAGGUUAAGGAGCUCUUUCCAGAGGCUGAGGUUGACAGGCGCCUUGUUUCAGGCUUGCUUUGUGGCUCAGCUGCUGCCAUUCUGAUGUUCAAAUGGAUGAACCAGAUACGGGUCCAGAAGAAACUUGAUGAAUUCAAGACGAAGCGAGAACAUGGGUUUCAGCGAAUGGAGAAAGCAGCAAAGCAGUUUAAACAGCAGAACCCAGGAAUAAAGGCUGCUCCAAUCCUGUCUCUUUCUCUUGUGGAACUAACUGCAAAGUUAAAAGAUGGCUCCCUGUCUCCAGAAAGUGUUCUAUACAUCUAUAUGGAAAAGGCUUUAGCAGUAACCCGGGAGAUCAACUGUGUGACAGACUUCCUCCCAGAGUGUGAAGAACAGCUCCAAGAAAUUAAAAAGAGAGAGAAAGGGUUACUCUAUGGGGUCCCUGUCAGCAUCAAGGAAAAUGUUGCUUGCAAGGGAUUUCCCAAUUCCCUUGGCUUGGUGAAAUUUCUGGACUUUCCUGAGCACGAUGACUCUGUAAUAGUCAAAGUUCUAAAGAAACAAGGGGCAAUUCCAUUUGUAAAGACCAACACAUCACAAGCCAUAUUAAACAUUGACUGUGGCAAUACAGUCUUUGGACAAACCUUGAACCCUUUCAACCACAAGAAAAGUUCUGGAGGGUCCAGUGGAGGGGAAGCAGCUCUUAUUGGAGGGGGAGGAUCCAUGCUUGGCAUUGGGACAGAUGUGGCUGCAAGUAUUCGGGUGCCAUGUGGCUUUUGUGGGAUCUGUGGAUUCAAACCAACUGGCUAUAGAGUGAGUGUCAAAGGUGUUACUACGCCUGUACCUGGAAUGAACUCAGUCAUCUCUGUGACAGGACCAAUGGCAAGAGAUGUGGAUAGCCUGGUUUUGUGCAUGAAAGCCCUAUUGUGUGAUGAGAUGUUUUGUCUGGAUCCAGCUGUGCCCCCACUUCCCUUUAAUGACAAGAUUUACUCGAAUACCUGUCCCCUUAGGAUUGGAUUCUACGAUGGAGAUGGUUAUUUCCAGCCAUCUCCCAGCAUGAGACGAGCUGUGCAGGAAACCAAAAAACUGCUACAGGAGGCAGGGCAUACUCUGAUACCAUUCACUCCACCUAGCAUUGAUUUUUUGGUGGAUGAACUCUUUACCAAAGGCCUCUAUGCUGAUGGAAGUUCCACAUUAUUGGAAAAAUUUGAUGGAGAAUUUGUAGAUUCCACUUGGAAAAACCAGAUUCGUUGUUACAGAAUGCCAGACCUGCUGAAGAGACUCUUGGCCCUCCUUUUAAUGCCUGUGUUUCCACGAAUCUCGCGACAUCUGUGUGCCCUCCUUGGAGUAGGGUCAGUCCAAAAACUCUGGAAGAACAAUGUGGAUCGGAUGGCUUACCGUGAUGAAUUCAUUGCAGAAUGGAGAAAGUUGAAGCUGGAUGUUGUGCUUUGUCCUGCUUUGGGCCCAGCCUUUAAUUUAGGAUAUCCUGGCAAACUAUUUGUGGCUACUACUUAUACCCAUCUAUAUAAUGUCUUGAAUUUUCCUGCUGGAGUUGUACCAGUCACAACAGUUACACAAACAGAUGAAGAGGAGUUGAAGCAUUACAAAGGGCAUUAUGGAGAUUUCUGGGAUACAAGAAUGAAGGAGGCUGUGGAAGAUGCUGUGGGGCUCCCUGUAGCAGUCCAGUGCGUGGCCUUGCCAUGGCAAGAAGAAUUGUGUCUUCGGUUCAUGAAAGAAGUGGAGAGAGUUUCCCAUGGGAGAUGGGGAAAGAGAAAAAUAUGAUUCUGUCAGAAAGAAGGCUGCAAGGAAUGUUGACCUUUCUAAAUAAACUUUAUAUUGACUUAUGCAGUUUAUUGCUGGGUUAACUCAGUUAUAUUUUCACCAAUUUUCAGCAAGAUACGAUAUAGAGAGAUUAGAAGAUAUGGUUUAGAAAGUAGAGAAUUAUUAGUAAUGUUUUGUAAUUAGGGCUAAAUAAAGCAUAUGGACAACAGGAUUUUCCAGACUGACUCCUUUAAAUUAUACUAUCACUUCAAAGGUAUGAUGCAAUUAUUCUGUCAUUCCUUGUGUUAGAUCGGGUAAAGGAAGGUACACAAGGCUCCAGUAACAAC